UAAAAAUUGGCAACACUGUGUUAAAGAAAAAUUAUUUUUAAAUUUAAACGAAUUCGGAAAAUUCGUAUUAAUUUUAUUAAAUAAAUUAUCAAAUAAAUAAUCAUGGAUGAAAUAAAAAAUUUACAAAAUAAAUAUUCGAGUAUCACUAUAACACAACUUGAAGAGAUUAUGAAUAAACGUGGAAAGAAAAUAAAUCAGGUUAUACAUGAACAAGAUCAACAAUUAAAAGAAAAUGAAGAAAAACUUGAAAAAUUGAUGUCUGAAUUGGUAAUGAUAAAAGAAGAUAUUGAUAUUGAACAACAAGUUUUAGAACAAAAAAACAAAGAAUUGUCGAAACAUAAUGAACAUUUUGCUGAAUUAAAAGCAGAAUACAAUAAAUUUGUAGAAGAGAAUCAAAAUUUACAGAUCAAGAGAAAUCUUUUUAAAAAUACUAAACCAAACCAGCAAGAUCAGUUAUUGUUAGAGACAGGAAGGAAAAAGCUUCGUAUGUAUAAAGAAUGGACUGGUGUACAUUGGGAUUAUAGUAGUCUAAAAGAGAACAUAGUAGGAUAUGUAUCCAACAAAAGUGAUUAUAUCCAUUAUUUUAAUUUUGCUAAAGAUGAAAAGGAUUCUGAAGAAUUAUCCAGUCUUUUAUGGCAUGAAAUUUAUCUAUCUGUUGAAAAUAAAUUAAAUGAAAAUAAAAAAAGUUCUAACACAAAUGAAUAAAAUGUUAAAUGUUAGGAAAUGUACAAGUUUUAUUCCUCCAUUAAUGAUUUUAUGAUUUUGAAAUU